UGACUACAGUACUUUUCUCUCCACACAGUGGCAUUACUAAGUCCCUGAGUUACAGAGAAACAUGCUAGGAAUACAGAUUAUAGCUUUCAUAUUUUGUUUCUGUGGGCUGGGAGCUGCUAUUGCUGCUACUGCAUCAAAUGAGUGGAAAGUCACUAGUCGAGCAUCAUCUGUUAUCACUGCAACCUGGGUUUUCCAGGGUCUUUGGAUGAACUGUGCUGGCAAUGCGCUGGGUGCUUUUCACUGCAGACCUCACCUUACUAUCUUCAAAGUAGAAGGUUACAUCCAAGCCUGCAGAGGACUCAUGAUCUCCGCUGUCUGCCUGGGUUUCUUCGGUGCUGUUUUUGGACUAGUUGGGAUGAAGUGUACGAAAGUCGGAGGCUCUGAUCAAACUAAAGCAAAAAUAGCUUGUUUAGCUGGACUGAUUUUCAUACUUUCUGGGUUGUGCUCUAUGACUAGUUGUUCCCUGUAUGCAAACAGGAUUACGUCUGAGUUCUUUGAUCCUUCUUUUGUUGCACAAAAGUAUGAAUUAGGAGCAGCUUUGUUCAUUGGAUGGGCUGGAGCUUCACUCUGCAUAAUUGGUGGCAGUAUAUUCUGCUUCUCAAUAGCUGAAAACAGUAAUUCUCCAAGGAGAGGAUAUGCGUAUAAUGGAGCCACAUCUGUGAUAUCUUCUCGUACAAAGGUCCACAACAGUGUCCCAGACAAAACCCCACCAAAGCACUUUGACAAGAACGCUUAUGUUUAGUUGCACUGUUGGAAGACUCAAAGCAUUUUAAAAAUGAUUUUGUACGUUUCAUUCAGAGUGAUUCCCCCCCCAUUCCCAACUUCAAUGUACUUACCACUAAGACAAUGACUUUUAAAAAUAUUAACUUGCAGCUUUUUACAUACUGAUGUAAAUUUUAUUAUGUAAUAUUUUAAGAUUGAUGUUGGUAUUGUAAAGUUUAUACCUGGAAAUCACGAGCUGAUGUUGCAUUCUUGAAAAAAAAUAAAUGAGGUAUUUACUAA